AUGGCUGUUUCAACUCCUGUUCGACCAACUUCUGAUCAACCUUCGACUCAGUCAGCGGAGGUUUCAAUUGAUGACACUCCAAGUGUCAAUUCCACUCCUAGGGUUCAACAGGAGUCAAAAAAGCGCUUGACCCCUAUUCCUGAGGAAUCUCAAAAAAGCUCGAAAAAGAACCGUGAAGUUGUUUCCCAAAACUUGGCGCUGGGGAAUGAAGCAACUUCGUCUUCAAGUUCUGGGACUUCGAGCUCUUCUUCAGAUGCUUCUUCGAGCUCAUCUAGCUCGAGUUCUGAACACCAAGCUCAAACAGAGCAAGCUUCUGAGGUGCCCCCUAUAUCUCGACAAACACCGCCUCUGGGUUCUCCUGAGGUUGAUGUUGUUACAUAUCACUCAGAAGAGGAGGGGCCCUUGCAUGAAGGUGAGGAGAAUGUAGCUGCAGAGGGAAACCAAGUUCCUGAAAACCUCCCAAUUUCUGUCGAAGGUCCUCCCAGCCUUGAAGUUGUGCCACCAGCAUCAUCCAUUAACUCAGAAAUGAACUUGGAUGAUUUUAAUGCCAUGGUGGAGGAAGAUCCAGAGGGGGCCAUUGACAAAAUUUUGGCUGGUACCUUCACCUUUUCUUCUUCAUCUCAUACUCCCUCAGGGUCACAUUCAGAAAUCUCUAAGCCCACUGAAUCAACUGAAAAAAUGCUCGAAGAUCUUAGGUCCUUGGUCUUUUAUGCACCAAUGAUGAAGAACCUUCCAACUGACAAGGACUUGGUUGCCAAGGUCAAAGGCCUACUUUCUUCGUUGAAGGUUCAACUCUCGACCUUUCCUGAAGGACUCCAACGUUUUGAGUCUCUUUUCAUCGAUUCUUUACCAAUUAUAGACCAAACCACUGUGGUGGGUUCUAAACAAGAUCAAGCUCGAGUAAAGCAAGACUCUGCUUCUAAUAAAUUGAAAGCGGCUCGAACUGGGUUAGUCAAGCUAAAGGAAUCGGCUACCAAUGCCGAUAUGAAGCAGAAAGAAGUUGAUGCUAGAAUCGUUGAUUUAGAGAAACAACUCGAAAGAGCUCGAAAAGAGUCAAAGAUGCUGAAGAAAGCUAGUGAGGCUUGUGAGAAGAAAAGAAAAAACUUUAUAGAAAAUGUGAAGACCCUGACUAUUGAGAGAGCUCAAGCUAUGGAGGAUAUUUCGAGUCUGGAUGCACAAUGUACAGCUCUUGAAACCAGAUAUCAAAAUUUGAGAGCUGUUUAUACUGAAAUGCGCUCGAAGCCUCCUUUUUGA